GCCCUGGAGGCCAGUCCCGUCUAAUUUCAUCCAUAGUGAUAAGGAUUCAACGAGAAUUUUCUUCUAUGCUUCUGCUGUAUUGAGUUGGGAACAACAUUUUCUUAAAUUGGAAACUUUUGAUGCCAUUUGAAUCCAAAUCUUUUCUCAUAAUUCCUUUCAUAUCCAAAAUUUUUCUGUUUUUAGAAAUGAUGUAUGGCACAGCAGUGGCACCCAAGGUUUGUUCGAUUCAACGAGGGUGGAAGUAGAAAUCAAAUUGUUGCAAAUACAAACGUAGCUAAACCAUAUAGAUUGUUAGAAUAAUCCUUGGUCUCUAUUGAUUCGUGAUCGUGAAAGUUGCAGGGAUUUUAAGCAAUGGAGAAAGAGAAAGAGAAAGAGAAAGAGGAAGAAGCAGGAGAAAAUUGGAGCGAAGCGGUUGAAGACCUGGUAGCAUCAGGGGACACGGAAAGCGCCAUUUCACUCCUCGAAUCUCUUGUCCAAACCCUAAACCCUUCCGAUUGGGUUUCCCAGCUUCAAUUAUCCUCUGCUCUCUCCGAUUUGGCAAAACUUUACUCCUCCAAGGGUUUCUCUCUCAAAGCCGAUCAACUCCAAUCUCGCGCUUCCCUCAUCAAACAAAUUCACCAUUCUCAUCACGCAGAGUCCAAGGAGGACGGAGAUAAUCAUAAACAAACCAACGCUCUUUCUUCGUCUUCUUCGAAAGAUUCUACUCUUGACGGAGCUUCGAAUCAUGGCCAUCUUGGAAACCACGCCGAAACUUCCACUGGCAACAACGGUUCUUCUGAUGAUGAUUGGGAAGCAAUAGCCGAUCUUGAACCUGAUGAGUUACUAUCUACGGUAUCUUCCGAUUGUUUAUCUGGAGUAUCAAAUCUUAAAUUGGAGAACUCCAAAAGUCCAACCCCAAAGCGUCGUGGAAGAGGAACAUUCUCUUAUGAAAAACAUGAACUUUAUAGUGAUCAGUUACUUGAUAGCUCAGUCAUUGAUGUUGAGGAUGAAGAGACUCACUGUAAUUCAGAAGAUAAAAGAGAUAUACAAAACUCAAAAUAUGGGACCGGUCAUGUUCUUGUGCUGGCUGACUUUUCACCAAGUACUAGGACGACAGAGCUGGAGAAUCUUUUUGAGGACUUCAAAGAUCGUGGAUUUGUGAUUCGCUGGGUCAAUGAUACAGUUGCACUUGCGGUAUUCCGAACACCUUCAGUUGCACUUGAGGCUCGAAACAGUAUCCAUUGUUCAUUCACUGUGAGGAUUCUUGAUGAAGAUGAUACACUUCUCAGUUCAAUUAAAGCAAGAGACCUGGAACCACCUCGGCAAAGGCCUAAAACCUCAGCCCAAGCAGCGCAGAGGCUGAUUGCUCACGGAAUGGGGCUAAAAUUGUCAUCCAUGAGCUCUGGGUCCCGUGAAUAUAGAAAGCAAGAAGAUGCUAGAAGAGAACGUAUUGUUACCAGGCAAAAAUUGAGAGACGAGGCUUGGGGAGACGAUUAAUAAUAUCUUCAUAGGAGUGCUUUAAUUAUUCUAACUUGUAAAUCCAUUUUUCAAGCCAGAGAGAGAGAGAGAGAGAGAGAGAGGGAGAGAGGGAGAGAGAGAGAGAUUGACCUAACUUAUUGGGUUAUAUGUUGUGCUUGUACAAGAUAGCCUUAAUUUCCAAAAGAAAUGAUAGAGGAUGAACCAUGAAGAAGUGGGUCACGUCAAUUGCUCAUCGUCUUGUACAUCUUGGUCCGUUGAUAAAUUAUUACCAUACAAGAUGAGUUUUAACUUUUCAUUAACUUUAAUUAGAAAUCUUCUUGGUCUUCUAUUUUUGUUGCUUGCU